UUUGCCACCCCAAAAACUUGCCAAGAUGUGUGACAUGGCGGGGCUGGAUAACCUGAUCGCCAAUACAGCAUACCUGCAGGCCCGGAAGAGCACCGAUGGAGAUGCCAAGGAGAUUCAGCGGAGACGUAGGAGCCUCUCACUACCCAAACCCAAAGCUAACCAUGAGAUCAGGCAGUCUAUUCCUGCUGAUUAUGAGAGCACCUGUGAAGUGCAGCCCAUUGGCAAGAAGAUGUUCAGGGAGUUCUUAGAGACUGUGCCUGAAUAUGUCAUAGUCAAGAACUUUCUGGAUGAAGUGUCCAGAUGGGAGGUGGCGGAAGACAGCACCAAGAAUAGUAUUGUAGAGAGCCUAUUCACUAACUUUCUCAAGUCUGGCUCCAGCAGCUAUCUGGCCUUCAUAAGCUCAAACCUGGCCAGCAAAUGCCAGGAAGCCACUGAAAAGGAUUAUGAGAAUGUUGUGGAGCUGGCCAAGCAGGAGAGCAAGGCAUUCCUCCAGGACAAGCCCUUUCAGGAAUUCCAGAACAGUCGUUUCUAUGACAAGUUCCUUCAGUGGAAAGUCUUUGAGAAGCAGCCAGUAAAUGAAAAGUAUUUCUAUGAAUACCGGGUGUUGGGCAAAGGCGGCUUUGGAGAGGUGUGUGCCAUCCAAGUAAAAAACACUGGCAAGAUGUAUGCUUGUAAGAAACUAGAUAAGAAGAGGUUAAAGAAGAAAAGUGGGGAGAAGAUGGCUCUGCUAGAGAAGGAAAUCUUGGAGAAGGUCAACAGUCGUUUUAUAGUCUCCCUUGCCUAUGCCUUUGAGAGCAAAAGCCACCUAUGUUUAGUCAUAAGUCUCAUGAAUGGAGGGGAUCUUAAAUACCACAUCUACAACAUUGGUGAGAGGGGCUUGGAAAUGAGCAGAGUCAUCUUUUAUUCAGCUCAGAUCACCUGUGGGAUUCUGCAUCUUCACUCCAUUAACAUCGUGUACAGGGACAUGAAGCCAGAAAAUGUCCUUCUGGAUGAUGAUGGCCACUGCAGGUUGUCUGACUUGGGUUUGGCAGUGGAAGUGAAAGAGGGGAAACCCAUCAACCAGAGGGCUGGAACUAAUGGUUAUAUGGCUCCUGAAAUUCUGAUGGAAGAAAAUUAUUCCUUCUCUGUGGACUGGUUUGCUAUGGGAUGUAGUAUAUACGAGAUGAUUGCAGGUCGAACUCCAUUCAAGGAUUUCAAAGAAAAGAUCACUAAGGAUGAAGUGAAAAGAAGAACCUUAGAAGAUGAGGUAACAUUUGAGCAUCCAAACUUCACAAAAGAAGCAAAAGAUAUUUGCACACUGUUCUUGGCUAAGAAAACAGAGAAUCGUUUAGGAAGCAGAAACUCAGAUGAUGAUCCAAGAAAACACAGUUUCUUCAAAACAAUACAUUUCCACAGGUUGAAUGCAGGCCUGAUAGACCCCCCUUUUGUGCCAGAUCCAUCAGUUGUCUAUGCUAGGGAUCUUGCAGACAUUGCUGACUUCUCUGAAGUGCGAGGAAUUGAAUUUGAUGAGAAAGAUAAGAAGUUCUUCAAGAAGUUUGCAACAGGUGCUGUCCCUCGAGCCUGGCAGGAAGAAAUUAUUGAAACAGGACUGUUUGAAGAAUUGAAUGAUCCUAACAGGCUAGAUACUGGAGGAUGUGCAAACGGAGGUGAAGUUAAAUCAGGAGUUUGCGUGCUGUUUUAAAUAUCACAUCAUUAACAAAAGGUGUUAAGAUGCACCAUGGAACUUUCCAGAUUCUUGCAGUGUUUCAAAAACUCAGCUAAGCUGUUAAACAAAACCCAGAUGAUUUAACAUGGGACAUCAACAGGACAAGUUAGGACCCUAAAUUGAAUAGACAAUAUUAAUUAAUCUUGUUCUAACAAAAGAGAUAAUGUCUUUAUUCCACUGGAGACUAUCAAAAUGAAAACGCAUGUUUAUUUUAAGAAAUUUAGGAAUAUAACAAUCCAGCAGUGUUCCUGUGAAAUGCAUACAACAAUAACAUGGUCAGAAGGCACCUGUUUUAAAAAUAACUGAGUCUGACAUUUGUAAUAUGCUCAUUUCCUUUCUUGAUUUCUCUCCCUCUACAUCUUUUUCUCUUACUGGAUCAGUAGCUAUAUUAGUGGAUACCAUAGUCUAAAUAUAUAGUUUUAUUUGUUCUUAUACAAAAAUUGAUGCACUUCUGUUUGUAUUUCUAUUUUUGAACAUCCUGAAUUGAAUUAUUUUGGGACCCAUUUCUGCAAAAAAUUGGGAUUAUGUUAAGUACUUGCUACCUAGAGAGGUCCUAGUUACUACUCACAGCAGUAGUUUUUCUCUUUGUUCUAUAGUUUUCAGUAAAAGUUUUUAAAUUUUGAAAUAAUAGUCUCAGUGAUUAGACAAUGUAGACCUCAUGCAUCACAUCAAACUUAGGGAUCUCAUUGGCUAUCUAAAUUUCUUGAUUUCUUCCAGCUCGUAGGUGAUUCAGUUGUGAAAAUUCCAGGUUCUUCUUAUUGUAAAAGGGUUUCACAGUCAACAGAAGUGAGGAUUUAGUUCAAAUUCUCCUUCAGGUUGAUGUCAAUAGACUGAGGGUGAUACUGUGCCAGUGAAAUUUAGAGCAGAAUUUGACUGUUAUUAUAUAAGAUUAUACUAUUAAGUAAAUAUACCCGGUAUAAAUAAAUAGUAAUUUAUUGGUGAAUGCAGAUUCUUUUUUGUUACCAAGUUAAACUUUCUAUCAGGUUUCCUGAUAAUGUAUCUGUAUUUUGGUGAAUCCUGUAGUUUAAAUUAAACUACAAAUAGAUCUCACCAGUUUGUAACUGGCUUUUAAAAUGAAAACUGUCUAAAUGCAUUAGAAAUGUCAAUUCAGUAAGACACAAAAAUAUUGUACUAUUUUUAUAAGUGCUUUAAAGGUGGAAAAUUAUGUAUAUAUUUAUACUUUUAAUUUAAAUGAAUAGUUUACUAGUUCUUACAAAGUAUUUGAUAUAGUUCUGUUUUUAUUUACCUAUUUUGGGGCAUCCUGAUUUGAAUUAUAUGGGGAUCCAUUUCUGCAAAAUAUUGGUUAGGUUCAGUGUUUACUACCUAAAGGGUGUGUCUACAUGAGAUGCUAAAAGUGUAGUGACUAAUUCUACUGCGCAUUAGCGUAUG